AAAAGAAAACACAAGAAAGAUAUAUCAGCAUAUAUAGUGGUGUUACCAUGAAGGCAACAUUGAAAUACUUAGCAGGAAUAGCAGGUCCAAGUGGUUAUGGCUCUAAUUCUACUGCUGAUCAAGUCACUCAGUUCUGUUCUUCUCCUCCUAAUCUUCUUACAGCAAUUAUUACUGGAGCAACAUCAGGUAUUGGAGCAGAAACAGCAAGAGUUUUGGCAAAAAGGGGAGUUAGAAUUGUAAUGGCAGCAAGAAAUAUGAAGAAAGCAGAAGAAGUAAAGGAAACAAUCUUAAAAGAGAAACCAUCUGCUCAGAUUUUAAUUAUAGAGAUUGAUUUAAGCUCCAUGGCCUCAGUUACCAGAUUUUGUUCUCAUUUUUUGUCUCUUCAUUUACCUCUUAACAUUCUCAUAAACAAUGCUGGGUUGUUCUCACAAAAGUUGGAGUUUUCUGAAGACAAGAUUGAACUCACAAUGGCUACAAAUUACAUAGGACAUUUUUUACUAACAGAACUACUAAUAGAAAAGAUGGUGGAGACGGCUUCACAAACUGGAAUUGAAGGAAGAAUAAUAAAUCUUUCUUCUUUAACUCAUAGUUGGGUCAAGAAAGAUCACUUCUCCCUCUCUAAAAUGAUCAAUCCUAAGAGGUAUAAUGGCACACGUGCAUAUGCGCAAUCAAAGCUGGCUAACAUAAUGCAUGCGAGGGAAUUGACAAGAAAACUAAAGGAAAGAAAUGCAAGAGUAACAAUCAAUGCAGUUCAUCCAGGGAUAGUCAAGACUGGAAUUAUCAGAGCUCACAAAGGCUUUAUCACAGAUUCUUUGUAUUUUCUAGCAGCCAAGUUGCUUAAGUCCACAUCACAGGGUGCAGCAACAACAUGUUAUGUAGCUUUUAGCUCAAACACAGAAGGUGUAAGUGGAAAAUACUUUGCAGACUGUAAUCAGACUUAUUGUUCAGCUUUAGCUUCUGAUGAAUCUCAAGCACAACGUCUAUGGAACCACACUCGUUAUCUUAUCUGCAGGAGAUUACAUCAUCUUGCUCUUUCACAAUAACACCAUUAUCCCUUUUAUUUUCAUUUUAGUAAGUAAUUAAUUAGUUUAUUAUAGAUUUUAAUUAAAUAAAUCUUGUCUUUGAGCUUUCAUUUUUUUUCAUAGUUAAUAAUAACAUAUGAUCAGUCUGUAUACCUUGUCAAGUCAUAGUCAUUUGGCAGCUAGAAAAUGUUAUGUAUAUAUACCAUCAUGCAACAUAAUCAAUAACAAAGCUUUGUUGAUAUCAAUGUAUAUAAUCUUAUCCUUUAGAGAGAACUCCCACCGUUAUUUUUUGUUAAAGUAAUUUGUAGUUUGAGUAUAAAACAAACUACAUGUGUGGAAGACAAGUGAAUAGAUGAAUGAGGAACAAAUUUAUGGAUGGUAUUAAAAGAAGAGUGAAAUUAUUGUCAAAAUAGAAAACGGUGCAAAACAACUAAGACAAGCUUAAAUAGAAAUAUGCACAAUUUUAAAGGGACAAAAAAAGUAUAUAACAUACUCCAAACGUCAAUCAUUAGUUUAAACUUCUAAUUAGUUGAAUUUAUUCCUUAAAUGCUAUAUCAAAAGGUAAGAUGAACGAAAGGUCCUAAAUUUAAAUCUCAUUUACUCUUAAUUCAAGUGGAAUAUUUU